UGUGCUUUGUGUGCUUUGUGUGCUUUGUGUGCUUUGUGUGCUUUGUGUGCUUGCUUUGUUGUGGGGUUGCUGCACGUUUCUUGGAUUGAGCUCCAGUUCUUCCACCACCAGCAAGUCUGAUCACCGCCCCCGCCCCGCAACCCUCAUCUUCAACCUUCCCCGCAUCAAUCCCAUCAACCGUCAAAGAGACGAAGAGAGUAGCAACUACUAACCUCCGCAUCUUUCAUCAUCAUCAGAACAACCCAUCACACCACACCACAUCAUCAACGGGCCGGUCUUGCAGCAGCACAUCAAGCAGCUACCUCACACGCAUCGCGACCGACCGACCGCAAUCAUGGCCGCCGUCGCUGCCUUGGACGCCGCUGCCGCGAGCACCACCCCGCAAGAGCAACUACUGGACUGGUACAGCACGCGGCACCCGUUCCGCGUGAACCUGGUGGGCGAGUACGCGGGCUCCUCGCCGUUCAUAAUCGACGGCGACUCGCUGCUGCGGCACAUCUUCUCGGACUCGCGGAUCGACUUCUCGUCGGGCUUCCAGCUGCUGCACGCCGUCUACGCUGUCGAGCGCUUCCUCGACGACCUCACGAGGCGGAAUUGUGUCUUCGAUGUUGUCUUCUUCGAGCAGCAUAGACGCGUGGCGGUCCCCGCGUGGAAUAGGAGGGGUGCGUGGAAGUAUGCGUUUGCUCGUGCGGUCGUCGUUAGGCAUCUGCAGGCCCUGAAGCGGGAGGGCGAUCGGUUCGUCUACAGGUUCAGGAGCGUGCGGGAUGAGGAGUUUGUGGCGUGGCUGCAGGCGAGGCGGCCGUUGUUUGUGAUGGCGCACGACGGAGAGGAUAUUCUCGAGGAGGGGAUCCAGGAGGAGGUGGUGGCGGAGGGCAGCGAGUCGGCCGAGGAGUGGGAGGUCAAGGCUAUGAUCUAUAGGUUUAUGCAUAUGGGACGUGGGUAUAAUGUGGCGCAGAUUAACAGUGUGAUAUUCUCCGACAGCAAGAUCCUCGCCCUACUCCUCGAGGCUGGACUUCGACGUUCAGAUGUCGAGUCGGGUGCCGAUUCCAUUGACACGGCGAUCGUCGAGGGCGUCGAGUCGGCCGCGAAGGAGCCCUUGUCGCCACUAGAGUUUGAGAACGCCGACACAUUCAACGCCCGCGAACGUCUGACGAUCUACACACUCAUCCGAUUAUUCAAAAACAACUCGGAGGAUGUCGCCAAGUUUGCACCGAUGGCGUCCGCAUACCUCCUGCACACGGCGUUCCUGAACCACCUGUCGCUCGAGGAGCGGCACCUGUAUGCGUCGGCCGAGGACUUGGACGACAUCAAUAAGACGGCAGAUGUCGAUGCGUUCCUAAAGUGGUUCUACGCCGAGGCUACGAGGGUUGUCGAGGACGACGAGGCUCUGCACAUGCCCGAGACUGUGCCGCUGUGCGAUUUCGUCGAUGGACGGCUGCUACUGAAGCUCUUGGCGCAGAAGGUCGAGGUGCCGGAGGUGGUGGCCAAGGACUUCGAGAGGCUUGCCGAAGCCGUCAAGGCUGCUGUCGAGGACGAUUGCACUCUCGAAAUCGCUUCGCCUGUACUUGCUUCCGUCGAGAAGGAGCUGCCCCAGCCAGAGUCGCAGGCCCUCGUUCCCAUCCUGCCCUUCAGCAACCCGCUAUUCGACCAGCAUCUCGAGAAUAUCAACAUCGACGUCGAUGUUCUCCCAGAGGACAACGAGUUCGACGCACAGGUCACCAAAGACCAGUACCGCCCGUUCAAGGCGAAGAAGCCGUUCAAGGAGGCCGAGAAGCCCGAGGCGCCCGUAAAUGGUGGUUACCGGGUGGAACGGAAGCCGAUGCUGAACAAGGGUGGUCGGUUCGCGAUGGUGGAUGUCCUCGAGAAGAAGCAACAGGGGAAGGUCCGCAAGAAGGAUCAGAUUAAUAUGGCUUCCAUGCAACGGUACGCUGCUAGUUUGUCGGACUCGCUCGACGGAAGCUUGAACCAGAAGCUCAUCAUCUGUGAUGACGCUGUCGGCCCUGCAAAGAAGGCGGUGCAGGGACGGCCGGUGAAGGGCAGUGCCAAGAAGGUGGAAAAGGCUGAGCCGGCGCCUGCCGCUACGGGUAAGCCGGGGAAACAGGUCAAGGCCGGCAAGAAGGAGGUGGUUGGAAAGAAAGAGGUGGUUGGAAAGAAGGAAGCGGCUGGAAAGAAGGCUCCCGUCCUGUCCAAGGCGGACAAGAUUAAGGCCGAGAACGCGGAGAAGGCGGUGCUCAAGGAAGCGAAGUCGCUGCAGACAUCGUGGAGGAACCUCUGCAACGAGAUCAAGAUCACCAAGGAUCAGGAUCUCGUCAUCUCCCGUCUCGACGACCACCAGAAGAAACUUGCGAGUGUUGUUCCCAAGAAGGUGGCUGACGACCACGAGGGGCGUUUCAUUGAGCUCGAGGUGCGGCUUUACAAGAUCUGGACGCUGCAGAAACAGUGGAUCGCGAUGUGCAAGGCUGGCAAGAAGGAGGAUGGAUACAAUACUGUUGCCGUGCUCUUCGACGAGGCCAGGAAGGCGCUGCAGAGUCCGGCUCUGUUCGCCGCUGCCAAAGCCAUCAUCCAGAAUGUCUUCGCUGGACUGGGAAUUGCGCUGCCACCUGCCAAGGACAUUAUCCCGGUGAAGAGGACCAUCAACUUCACGACCACUUGGACCGGAAAGGUCGACACCGAUGAGUCCAAGCUUGGUAUGUCUUCGGAGGAGUUCCAGCUGAUGUACUUUGGCCUGUACAUGGAUCGGAACAUGGAUUCGGCGCCGGAUGACCGUGUUCCCUUCGAGCCCGAUCUCUGGCAGAGACAGGUGCUGGACGAGAUCGACGCAGACAACUCGGUGUUUGUCGUCGCUCCUACUUCCGCCGGUAAAACUUUCAUCUCGUUCCACGCCAUGGAGAAGGUCUUGAAGGCGGACGACACUAGCAUUCUCGUCUACAUCGCCCCGACCAAACCGCUAGUCAACCAGAUCGCCGCAGAAGUCAUCAGCCGAUUUCGCAAGAAUUACCGGCACGCUGGAAAGACCGUGUGGGCUAUCCACAAUGGAGAUUACUUCACCAACAAGCCGACUGAGUGUCAGAUUCUUAUCACGAUUCCGUCCGUGUUGUCGACCAUGUUGAUGUCCCCCAUGAAUGCCAAGAACUGGGCCCCCCGAGUCAAGCGCAUCAUUUUCGACGAAAUCCACUCCAUCGGUAACGCGGAGGACGGUGUCGUCUGGGAGCAGCUUUGUCUGUUGACUUCGUGUCCCAUCAUCGCGCUGUCGGCGACUGUCGGUAACGCGGAUGAGUUCAGCGAUUGGUUGUCGGCUACCCAGGGUUCGCUCGGUAUCAAGUUGAACAUGAUCCAGCACAAACACCGGUACUCCGAUCUGCGGAAGUUCGUCUACCACCCUCCGAAGGCUAUCGGUGCCGAGAGGUUCACCGGACUUCAGAGGAUGGCGAAGUACGGACAGAUCGAUGGAACGCCGGGCUUGAAGACUAUCCACCCCGUUGCUGCACUUGUCGACCCUACCCAUGGCAUUCCUGACGAUUUGGCGCUGGAGCCAUCCGACUGCCUUAAGCUUUACCAGGCUAUGAAGCAGGCGGCGACGCCGGAGUUCCCGAUUUCUGCUGAUAUUGAUUACAAGAAGGUUUUCGGUAUCAUUGGAAAAGUCAUCAAGAAGGCCGACGUGGUCCUCUGGGAAGCACAGCUGAAGGCGGUUCUGAAGGACUGGAUGUUGCAGGCUGACAAGUCGCCUUUCAACAAGGUUGUCGAGCUGCUGCAGACCAAGCAGCAGGCGACCGAGGAUACGAUCGAUGUUUCCACAGCUUCGGAGCUCAUCAAACACGAAAAGGCGCCGGAGGAUCCUAGGCUCGCUAGGGAGGUGUACCAGGACUGCGAUGUGGUCACACUUACACACCUGCGCGAGAAGACGCUUCCAUUGCUGUCCAACCUCCAUGCGGCCAACUCCCUACCUGCGCUCAUGUUCUCGUACAGCCGUUCGCUGUGUGAAUACAUCUGCAUCAACAUCACCGAGCAGCUCAAGGAAGCCGAGGACCACUUCCGCCAGACGGAUCCGAGAUGGAAGGCCAAGAUCCGCGAGUGGGAGCAGUACGUUGAGCGCCAGAAGAAGAUGGGCAACAAGAUGCGCAAGCCGAAGCCGGACGAGGGCAUGACCAAGUCCGAUAUGGUUCGCGACCAGGCCGAUACCGAGUCCAGCACGCUGGACAAUUUCAACCCUGAAGACCCGCUGCCGGAGUUUUCGUUCGCCGACUUCAAGAGGUACAGUCAGUCUGAGUGGGAUCAGGAUCUGAAGAACUUGGAGAAGUGGGAGAUGCCCUUGCAGCUGGUUGAGGCUUUCAAGCGCGGAAUCGGUAUUCACCACGGUGGUUUGAAGAGAGCGUACAGGCAAAUCGUCGAGACUUUGUUCCGCAAGGGAUACCUCCGCGUGAUCAUCGCUACUGGAGAUUUGGCGAUGGGUAUCAACAUGCCUUGUAAAACCGUCAUCUUUGCUGGCGAUCACACGCAGCUUACCGCUCUCAACUACCGCCAGGCUGCUGGUCGUGCUGGUCGUCGUGGUUUUGAUCUCAUCGGAAAUGUCAUCUUCCACGGUGUGCCACUGGACAGUGCGCUCCGCCUCAUCAGCUCCAGGCUGCCGAAGCUGCGGGGUCACUUCCCUAUGAGUACCUCGCUCGUUCUGCGGCUGUGCAUCCUGCUCAGCAACUCGAAGGACUCGGAGCAUGCUAAGACUACGAUCAACACACUACUUCGCCAGCCUAGGCUUGUGAUUGGCGCCGAGAGCAAUCCCAAGCAGGUUCUGCACCAUCUGAGGUUCUCGAUCGAGUACCUGAGGCGGAAGAAGCUUCUUGGCGAAGGCGGCAGUCCCCUGAACUACGCGGCUAUGGCAGGUCACCUCUAUGCUUCCGAGAAGGGUGCCUUUGCGCUUCACACAUUGCUCGUCGAGGGCUACCUGAGCACAUUAUGUAAGGACUUCGUGGGCGCAGACAUCCGCGGCAAGGAGAAGAUCUGCGAGGAGUUUAUGCUGGUGCUGUCUCACCUGUUUGUUCGUCGCUACGUACAGCGUGGCCGCCACGGCGUGCGCCUACUCCCGCCGCUUCCCCAGGAGGCGCUCGACGUCAUGAACGAGUGGAACGCUGAGACACUGGCUACAUACACCACCUACGUCGAGACGUUUGCGAAGCAGUACUGUACCGACACCCCCGACGCCACUUUGCCGUUCUCGCAGAGCACCGUCGGUGGCAGUGGAGUGGACCCCGCCUCCGGACGCACCCGCGCUCGUUCCAACUUUGUAGCUCUCUCGGGCCACACCGAUCGCUUCGCGUCGGUUAAGGACCUUUCCUCGUCGCUCCGCUCCGGCAUCUUCUUUGAGGGUUCGGCAGUCCCCUCCCUCGGCUUUGGUGGGAACGCUCGCCUCAACUCGUUCCUCCUGGACUUUUACAUCCACGGCGACACCAAAAAGCUCGCCGUCGAGAACCGCGUCACCCAGGGCGUCAUCUGGUACGUGCUCAAGGACUUUUCCGACACGCUGGUGACCAUCCGCAAGGGACUUAUCGCGUGGAUCCGCGACGGGCCCGGCGCGUACUUCGAGGUCAUGUCGGGUGAGCGCGAGGGCGAGGAGGGCGUCGAUGAGGUCAACGAUGAGGAGAUUGAGGACGAGAUCGAGGAGAGCGAGAUGGUUGAGGCUGAGGGUAGGCGUAAGGCUGUCACCGAUGUGCUCCGCGUCCUGAAGGAGGUCCAGGGUAGGUUCGAUGAGAAGUUCAGGCCGAUUUAUGCUUAGGAUCGGAUUGGGAUCUUGUGCUUUCUGUGGGUUUGUGUUGUUUGUUUUUUGUGGUUGCCUUGUUACGUGCAUGUUCUUUGAUAUGGGAAAUCGAAUUGUGUUGCUCGAUA